ACUACCACAACAACACCAACACCAACAUAUAAGCACCCUCUCCCAACCAGAUUUUACAGAACACUACCUCCAAAAGAAAAAGAAAACGAAGAAAACCACCACCACCAUGGCCAUCACCCGCGCCUCCAAAUCCACCAAAACCACCACCACAACAAAAAAACCCUCUCUCCUCUCCCGCCUCCGCAACACCCACCAAGCCAAAGUCACAACCACCCAAUCCACCAAUCCCAUCACAGGAACCACCACCACCACGCAAAAAACUUCUACGCAUCCGAAUGGAAUCGGAUAUAAAGGACAUGGCGGUCGAGGGCCUCUGGCGGGGAAUCGAGAGACACAUUAUGUUAAUACUGCUGGUGGUGGUACGGCUACUGCGGGGACGACGACGCAUCAUCAUAAUAAGAGGAAGCCGAGUGUGGGGGAUAAACUAUCGGGGGCGUUGAUGAAGUUGAGGGGGAGUGUGAUGGGGAGGAAGGGGGUGAAGGGUGCUGGGACUCGUCGGAUGCAUGGGACUGAUGGGAGGGGAUCGAAGAGGGUUGGAAGGGUUUAGGUGUGGUUAUGUGUGAAAAUUUGAUUGAUGGUGUUGGCGGGUUGAUGAAGGUCUUUUGUGGGAGAAAUACAGGAGUAUUGCUACUGCUUGAUGAGAAUGAGGAGGAUGAUGAUGAGAUUGAUGAUGAUGAUGAUACCCUUUAGUUCAACGUUAGGUGGAAGAAAAUGAAUGAAUGUAAUGUUUGAC